ACCCCCGUGGCCGUAGAAGAAGAAGCCACCCUCCACCGCCUCUCCUCUCUCACUAUUUUUGUCAAACAGUUUGUCGGCUUAAACCCUUCAACCCCUCCUUAUAAACCCUCUUCACCACAAAUUUUCUCACUUUUUCCACAUUACCCACUAAAACUUUGCUUUCUUUUCUACUCUUUGUCUCCAUUAAUCUGUCAUUGAUGAAUCCAGAAGACGAACUGUGUCCCAAAUCUCCCCCGAAAUCGUCCACUGCUCCCACUAGUUCUUCCUCAAUUCAAGCAGAACCGAGGACAUCUUUGAUGGAUACCCAACAGAUUCCUUCUAGUUCUCUGUUCGUCGACACAACUGUUGGUUUCUCUACAUCUCCAUUGUCUUCCCCGCUUCCUUCUCCUUUAAUGGAAUUCGAAGCCUUUUCUGCGAUGAACCUACCUCCGUCAACGGUUCCCUCCACCGCUGCUGCUGAAGCGGACCCUAUUGGGGUGCCUCGGCCACUGGAGUGUUUGCAGGGGAACCCAAUUCCGCCUUUUCUGUCCAAGACGUUUGAUUUGGUGGAUGAGAGGUCCUUGGAUCCGAUUAUAUCAUGGGGACCAACCGGAGAGAGCUUCGUUGUGUGGGAUCCAGUGGAGUUUGCUAGGCUGAUACUGCCUCGGAAUUUCAAGCACAACAAUUUUUCCAGUUUUGUUCGUCAGCUUAAUACUUAUGUGGGUAUUGCGGUAACACAGUCUGCAUUAAAAAUGGCUGUGUCAUCUCUACCUGUAUACCUGUAUCUACUGUUGUUGUUCUUGUUAUUUUGUUCACAUUGUUUCGCCUUUUUUGUAUUUUCAUGUUUCUUCUGUAAUUCUUAUUUUUUCAUUCGAUUAUUGAGUCUGCUGUUUUUCUGUACGGUACUGCAAAACAAGUGCUUUUGGAUGGGAUGACCUCCAAUAUUAGCAGCCCGUUGCUCAUCCAAGGGUUCAUGUUUUACAGUCCCGUACAGUGUAGAUUGCAAUUGGAGAUGGGUCCUUUAAAACCAUUGAUGUUUGGGUUUUCUUAGGAACGGGAUUCUUCAUGUAAAGUUAACAAUCAACACAUUGUAUUAGAUUUUGAAAUAAAGAAGGUAACUUGGA